CAGGUGUGAAGAGCUGGUUGGCAUCACUGAAGAAUGCAGCCUACGAAGCAGACGACAUACUGGAUGAGUUCAAUGUGGAAGCAAUGCGGCGGAAGGCAGAGAUUCAGAUCGAUAUGACAAAAAAGGUGCGCAGCUUCUUUUCUUUUCAUAAUCCAGGUUGGUUUCGUUUUAAGAUGGGGCGAAAGUUGAAUGCUAUUGUUGAAAAAAUAGAGAAACUAGUAGACGAGGGACAUAAAUUUGGUUUCACCGUCAAAACCCAACCACAAAAGAGGGGCAGGCCACAAACCCACUCCUUUGUUGUUGAGUCAGAGGUCAUUGGUAGGGAGGAAGAUAAAGAAACAAUACUGAAGUUGUUACUUGAUCAUGAUAACAACCAGAAUGUUGCAGUCCUUCCCAUAGUUGGGAUGGGGGGGUUGGGUAAGACCACACUGGCCCAAUUGAUUUACAAAGAUCAGAGGGUGGAGAAACAUUUCCAGCCAAGAAUAUGGGUCUGUGUGUCGGAUGAGUUCGAUGUUGCAAAACUUGCUAAAGCAGUAAUAGCUUCAGACCCAGGGGCUGAGUGCGAGCUAUCAGACAUGGAGUUGUUACAACGCCGCCUUCGAGAAGUUGUAAGUGGGAAGAGGUACUUGCUUGUAUUAGAUGAUAUUUGGAACGAGGAUCAGGCAAAGUGGGAUGGGCUAAAAACUUUACUAGCAACUGGUGGAGAAGGGAGUAGGAUUGUUGUGACUACACGAAGUGAGCAGGCAUCGUCGAUAAUGGGUACCCUCGGCCCUUAUCGCCCAGAGUGUUUGACUGAGGAUGAUUCUUGGGCAUUGUUUAGGAAGAAAGCAUUUGAAGGGAGAGCAGAAGAGCCUAAAAAUCUCGUAGACAUCGGCAAGGAAAUUGUCCAGAAAUGUGGUCGGUUGCCUCUGGCAGUGAAGACACUGGGGGGCUUAAUGCAGUCCAAGAGCCAGGAAAGGGAAUGGUUGUCCGUGAGGGAAAGCGACAUUUGGGAUAUGCAGGACGGUGAAGAUAGGAUCUUAGCAGCACUAAGGUUGAGCUACAGUCAAUUGCCUUCCCAUUUAAAACAAUGCUUUGCUUUUUGUGCCAUAUUUCCCAAGGAUUAUGAGAUAACAAAGGACCGGUUGAUUCAACUAUGGAUGGCCAACGGAUUCGUUCCAUCCGAUGGAAGAAAGGAGUUGGAGGACAAAGGGCAUGAGAUUUUUAAUGAGUUGGCUUGGAGAUCUUUCUUUCAGGAUAUCAAGGAAGUUGGACCUUAUUAUAACACAACAUGCAAGAUGCAUGACCUCAUGCACGAUCUGGCACGAUCCAUUAUGGGGGACGAAUGCCUAACCAUACAGGACCCUGCCGGGUGGAAAGACAUAUCAAAGAAAACCCGUCACCUGUAUGCAUCUGUCUACUUGGACAUUCAUAGGACCUUGAAUAAUUAUCCAAAUAUUCGCACUCUCCUGGGCCUGGGAUAUUGUGUUAGUAUUCCUGCGGACUCAUCAAAGCCAAAGUCCUUGAGAGCAUUGAAACUAUGUCAAAUCAAAGAACUGCCUAUUGCAAUUGCAUAUUUGGAACAUCUGAGAUACCUCGACCUCUCUGGUACCGAUAUUGAAGCAUUACCAGAUGGCACCAGCACACUUUUCAAUCUACAAACUCUCAAACUCUCAAACUGCCCGUAUCUACGUAAGCUGCCCGAAGACAUGAGAAAUAUGAUUAGCCUAAGGCAUCUCUACAUUGACAGAUGUCCUAAUCUGACGCAGCUGCCAGCAGGUAUCGGGCAAUUGAGCAGCCUGCGAACAUUGACCAAAUAUAUUGUAGGCAAUAAUGAUGGAAGGCGUAUAAGGGAGUUGAAUCGCUUAAAUCUCAGUGGCCUUCUAGAGCUGUAUAACCUGAGGAAUGUGAGGGAUGCAGCAGAUGCUAAAGAAGCUAAUCUUAGUUCCAAACAUAACCUUUGCUCAUUAAUAUUAUGCUGGGAUAUGACUCAGUGGGAUCCUCCAGGCUGCUAUGCAGGAAGUUUCCAUCAUUCUUUCGAAGAAGAAGAUGUUUUGUCAGCAGAAAACGCUGAAGAGGUGUUGGCAGCUCUUAGACCUCAUGGUGGCUUAAAGUUGCUGACAGUAUGGCGAUACGGGGGCGGCAGCUUUCCAACGUGGAUGAUGGACUCUCUAUUACUGCAAAAUGUAGUUGAAAUCCACCUGGGAUUUUGCACGGACUGCCAACGUCUCCCGUCUUUAUGGCAGCUACCUUCUCUUAAAUUUCUCUACUUGUUUAACAUGCAUAACGUCAAGCACAUUUGCGGCAGCACCAUCUACGACAAUACAGGUAAUGACACAGUGCGAGCAUUCCCCUCACUGAAGAGAUUGGUGUUGCAUACGAUGCAGAGCUUGGAGAAGUGGUCAGAGUUUGAAGGAACUGCAGAGGUCCUGUUGGUUUUCCCUAACCUUGCUGAGCUUAAGAUCAUUGAUUGCCCAAAUUUGAUGACCAUGCCAGAGCUACCAUCUCUCAAAAGUUUAGAAAUGAAAGGAACUGAUAUGCAGUUGGGCUUGAUCUAUAGUCUGACGACACUCUCUUCCCUUAGCCUUCAUGUCUAUAAAAUGAGCAAUGGUACAGAGUCGCCUCCUCUUGACAAUCAGAAGAAAAUGUCUUUCAGGUAUCUCAAAUCUCUUGAAAAAUUAGCUAUUACCGCAUCGGAGGAUCUGGCGCCCUUGCUGGAGGAGGAGAAGGAGACGAAAGGGCUGAGCACAUCCCUGCAUUAUUUGGAGAUUAAAUCCUGCAAUUGGAUUUUUUCACCACCACAGCAAUCAUCACCACCUUUGGCAUUUUGGAAGAACCUUACUUCUCUCCUAGCUUUGAGCAUAGAUUAUUGUGAUGAUCUGGUCUACUGGCCGGAGACGGAGUUCCGUGGUUUGAACUCACUGAAGAAGAUAUAUAUCUGCGGUUGCAAGAAGUUUGUUGGCCCGUCACCUUUGCCAUUAUCCUCGUCAUCAUCAGGGGAUGGAGAGCUCCUACCAAACCUGGAAGAGCUGGAUAUUAGAAAUUGUGCUGGUCUGCUGGAAUUGCCUAAGUUACCUGCUUCCCUCAUAUCACUGGUGCCCAAACCUGACUUCUCUGCCAGUAGAUCUGGGGCACCUAACAGCACUCAAGAAGGUGUCUAUCAUGGGGCUUCGUGGCUUGGAAUCUUUGCCACAAGGGCUGGGACAGCUCGCUGCACUCGAGUCUCUGCACAUCUUCCAAUGUAG